CAUUUCAGUCUGGUCCAUCUUCAACUGAUUCCUGGCUUCUAUCAUCUAGAAUAAUUCUCCGUAUAAUAUUACAUAAACCCUAACGGUUAUUGGCUUCCGUCAUCGCUCGUUGAUCGAGCUGCUCCCCAGGGGUUUACACCCUAAACCCUUCUAUACGUUGUUGGGCAGUUCAACUCUCUGAAGAUGGUGAAGAAAAGCAAGAAGAGUAAGAGCAAGAGGGUAUCCCUGAAGAACAAGUACAAGGUUAUACGGAAGGUGAAGGAGCACCACAAGAAAAAGGCUAAGGAGGCGAAGAAGGCGGGCCUCCACCGCAAGUCCAAGGUUGAGAAGGACCCCGGCAUCCCCAACGACUGGCCCUUCAAGGAACAAGAGCUCAAGGCUCUAGAAGAUCGUCGUAAUAGAGCCCUCGAGGAACUGGAGCUGAAGAAAGCUGCCCGCAAAGAGAGGGCUAAGAAGCGAAAAUUGGGUCUUCUUGAGGAUGACGACUUGUCGAAACUUGCAGACAUGGCUUCUACAAAAGAGCAGAAGUUUGUCGCCGAAACUAUUGGUGAUGGUCUUGUAGCCGUUGGUAAAAAACUUGAUAACUCUGAUCGGGCCUUCUACAAGGAAUUAGUCAGAGUUAUUGAAGCUUCUGAUGUUAUAUUGGAAGUCCUUGAUGCCAGAGAUCCACUUGGUACCCGAUGCAUUGACAUGGAAAACAUGGUUAUGAGAUCAGGGCCUGACAAACGUCUUGUAUUGCUCCUUAAUAAAAUUGAUCUAGUCCCUAGGGAAGCUGUUGAAAAGUGGCUCAAAUAUCUCCGGGAGGAAUUCCCAGCUGUUGCUUUCAAGUGUAACACUCAAGAGCAAAAGUCAAACUUGAGUUGGAAAUCCUCAAAAGCUAAAAAGACUGCCAAUCAGUUGCAGACAAGUGAUUGCCUUGGUGCAGAAACACUAUUAAGUUUGCUGAAAAAUUACUCAAGAAGCCAUGAAAUCAAAAAAUCUAUUACUGUGGGGAUUAUUGGUUUGCCGAAUGUUGGAAAAAGUAGUUUGAUUAAUAGCUUGAAGAGGUCACAUGUUGUCAAUGUUGGCUCUACGCCAGGUUUAACAAGAUCCAUGCAAGAAGUCCAUUUAGACAAGAAUGUUAAGCUUCUUGACUGCCCUGGUGUUGUUAUGCUUAGAUCUGCUGAGAAUGAUGCAUCUAUUGCUCUACGCAAUUGCAAGAGAAUAGAAAAGUUAGAAGACCCGAUCGGUCCAGUGAAGGAGAUUCUCAAACGUUGUCCUGCUAAAACCUUGGUAACAUUAUACAAGAUUCCCAUCUUUGAAACAGCGGAUGAUUUUCUCCAUAAGGUUGCCACUAUAAGGGGUAGACUUAAAAAGGGUGGCAUUGUUGACAUUGAUGCAGCAGCAAGGAUAGUUCUACACGACUGGAAUGUUGGUAAGAUUCCGUAUUAUACAAUGCCCCCUGUGAGGAAUGAUGUAGAGCAUUCAGAAAUUAGGAUUGUAUCAGAAUUGGGGAAAGAAUUCAACGUAGAUGAAGUUUAUGGCAGUGAAUCUUCUUUCAUUGGCAGCCUCAAGUCUGUGAAUGAGUUCCACCCAGUUGAGGUCCCAUCCAACUGCCCGGUUAACUUUGAUGAGAGCAUGCUUGAGGACAAUCCACAACAACCUGAAAGUAUAGAUAUAAAAGACCAAAAGGGAGAUGAUGAACCCAUGGAUUCAGGAGAAGAGGAUGGAGGUGGCAAAAGCGGCAGUAGCAAGCAAAAUGAGAAGUUAUACACCGAUGAGGGUAUCUUGAAUACCAAAAUGAGAAAAGCUGAGAAGAGAAGGAAGAAAAAGGAUAAGGAUUCCUCGGCAAUGGAAGAUGAAGAUUAUGAUUUCAAGGUGGAUUAUGUCAAACACAACUCCGCCAUGGAUGUUAGUGAGAAUGCCGUUACUGGUGAUACAGGUGGUAAUAAAAACCGAUUUGAGCUACCUUCAGGAGUUAUGUUGGAGAAUGAAUAGUGUAGAAUUUGCAGGGUAAACUAUAUUUCAAAGAUAUGAGCAAGAAUGGAAUCACAAUGCAAUAGAUAUGGAGUGUUUUAUUUAUUCCAAUUGGUGAACCUUUUCUGUGUAGUGAAGUUUUGGUUAGAUCUUGUGUCUUUAGUUCUUUACCUUGUAAUUGCCACUAAAGAGGGCACAAUAUGCUGAAAAAUACUCAUUUCAUUCUUGUAUUUUUUGCACUUCGUUUUCAAUUUAUACAAUUUUCAUUUGAAUAUGAGUAAUUAUUUUUGGAUUUGAAGAAUGCUGGAUUGCUCAUUGGAUAUUGGGAUUUGGGACACUACACACAAAUACAUAAUUACCUCUUCAA